AUGCCUCCUGCUACUGAAAAACCAGUCAUUGCCAUUGUUCAAGGCGCUUGGCACCGCGCAUUCCACUACAAAGCAUUUGCUGAUGCACUCACAGCCAAGGGCUUCACUGUUCUCCAACCUGAUAACGUCUCGGCUGGACAAGUUGACGAUAUCAAGGGGAAAACGCAUGUGGAUGACGUUGAAGUUAUUCGAGAAGCACUCCAAUCUUCUCUUGACGAGGGGAAGAGAAUUGUUUUGAUUUGUCAUAGCUACGGCGGUAUCCCGGGAUCUGCUGCUGCCGAAGGAUAUCAAAUCCAUGAGCGAGAGGCCAAAGGCUUGUCUGGAGGAAUUGUGCAUGUUAUUUACGUCGCAUCUUUCGCGCUUCCUGUCAAGGGUCUUUCUCUUUUGACAGCUGUCGGGGGAAAGUUUGGUCCUUUCCUGGAUAGAACUGAAGAUGCCCUGUAUCUGAACGAGGGAGCAAAGGAUACCUUCUACAACGAUCUCUCAUCUGAAGAAGCAGACAAGGCUCUAGUAGCCUGCGCUCACCAGAGCACGGCGAGUCUUGAGACUCCAUCGGACUUUGUCGCGACUGAUAUCACGGUACCAAAGACUUACAUUGUUUGUGAGGAAGAUCAUUGUAUCCCUAAACAAGGACAGGUUGCUAUGGCGGGGGCUAUGGGGGAGGGUGUUGUUAUCGAAACCCUUGAUGCUGGUCAUGUGCCGUUUUUGAGAGAGGUGGCUAUGCUGAAGGUGAUUGAAAUUGUGGAGAAAGUCGCUCAAUAA